AUGUGUGCUUUCGGAGUUGAGUUUGAGAUUCGGCAACCAGUGGCAAGACAUCAUCACAAUUUGGUGUGGGACGACGUUGCAACAUCUUGCACCCAGUACUGUUACCGAACUAACGACAUGUUUAUCAUCGAGGUCCACGAACCGGAGUUGGCCCAGCAGGUAUCCCUGGCCCUGAGGGUCUCCGAGGAGUCGCAUCCAGAUGUCCGGGUGUCGGAGACCGUGGUCCCUCUGGACCGGGAGCAAGAGGACGACAGCUACAUGCAACUGUGCGCAGCGGUCUCCGAAGGUGUCUCCGUCAUAGUGGACCUCUCCUGGUCGCCUUGGGAACUACUAGAGACCCUAGUAGCCAGCACGGGUCUCCCAAUAGUACACACGGCUCUAGGCUCGCAACAGCUGAUCAGAGCCCUGGACGACUACUUGGAAACCAGGAACGCUACUGAUGCAGCACUUAUAAUGGAGACUGAGAGUGACGUGGACAGAACCUUGUACGAGCUGCUGGGCGCCUCCAACAUCCGCGUGUGGGUGCACGCGGGGCUGACCAGGGACUCCGCCCGCGCGCUCAAGACCAUGCGCCCUGAACCCAGCUUCUACGCGGUCGUGGGCGAAGGGGGCUUCGUUAUGGACACUUACAGGAGGGCUGUGAAAGAGAAGCUGGUUCGCCGCGACUACCGUUGGAACCUACUGUUCACUGACUACUCUUCAUCCACUGUAGACCAGACUGCUAUAGAACAGGCAGCCAUGGUGCUCCAUGUGGACCCUGCUGAGUGUUGCCGACUUACUGGACAGAGGGAGGACUGUUGCUCUGCUGAUAUGCAGAAAAAGCAGUACACACUCAACUCCCUGAUCCAGUACAUCAUGGAAACAUACUCCAAACUGGAGGUGGAGCUACCACAUGUCAGCGCUCGAGUGGAGUGCGAUGUCUUCGGGAGCACCAUGAAUGCGACCAGCGAAAGACUGUACCGACAGUUCGCUGACGACACCGACUUAAGCAACGAUACAACCUUCUACUGGGACGGGGAACGGUCAGGCCUGUAUCUCCGAUCUCGUUUCGUCCUGUCCACCAUCAAACCAGACGAGGGUCUGCAGACGGUAGCCAGCUGGUCUGCCGAUGAGGAGUAUAAGUUACUCCCUGGCGUUGAACUGGAGCCGAUUAAGCUGUUCUUUAGAGUUGGGACUGCUCCUGGAGUACCAUGGACUAUGCACAAAAUGGACCCUAACACUGGAGACUUAAUGUACAACGAAGAUGGACAGCCGAUAUACGAGGGAUACUGCAUAGAUCUCAUUGCUAAGUUGGCUGAGGCAAUGAACUUUGACUACGAAAUAGUGACUCCAAAAUCUGGUGGGUUCGGAAAGAAACUACCGAAUGGUACUUGGAAUGGCGUGGUGGGGGACCUUGUGAAAGGGGAAACUGACCUAGCAGUAGCAGCACUAACUAUGACAGCUGAAAGAGAAGAGGUUAUAGACUUCGUGGCGCCAUACUUCGACCAGACCGGCAUCCUGAUUGUGAUCCGCAAACCAAUCCGGAAGACCUCCCUCUUCAAAUUCAUGACGGUUCUUCGCACGGAAGUCUGGUUGAGCAUCGUGGCCGCGCUCGUCCUCACAGGGUUCAUGAUAUGGUUGCUGGAUAAGUACUCCCCGUACUCCGCGAGGAACAAUCCUGAGGCGUACCCGUACCCCUGCCGAGAAUUCACCUUGAAGGAGAGUUUUUGGUUCGCCCUCACAUCUUUCACUCCUCAAGGAGGAGGGGAGGCCCCGAAGGCCCUCUCUGGGAGGACCCUCGUAGCCGCUUACUGGCUGUUUGUCGUCCUAAUGCUGGCUACAUUCACUGCGAAUCUCGCUGCUUUCCUUACCGUCGAGAGGAUGCAGACCCCAGUGUCCUCCCUGGAGCAGCUGGCGAGGCAGUCUCGCAUCAACUACACGGUGGUGGAAGGCUCCUCCAUCCAUCAGUACUUCAUCAACAUGAAGUUUGCUGAAGACACUCUUUACAGGGUAUGGAAGGAGAUCACUUUGAACGCCACAUCCGACCAAGCGCAGUACCGCGUGUGGGACUACCCUAUAAGGGAACAGUAUGGCCACAUCCUGCUGGCUAUCAACGCUUCAGGUCCCGUCCCGGACGCCAAAACUGGGUUUCAACAAGUGAACGACCAUGCCGACGCAGAUUUUGCCUUCAUCCACGAUUCGGCUGAAAUCAGGUAUGAGGUAACCCGAAACUGCAACCUGACCGAAGUGGGUGACAUGUUCGCGGAGCAGCCCUACGCCAUAGCCGUGCAACAGGGCUCCCGGCUGCAGGAGAACCUCUCCCGGGCACUGUUGGAGCUGCAGAAGGAACGGUUCCUCGAGAUGCUGGCCAACAAAUAUUGGAAUGAAACGGCGAGACAAGCUUGUCCAGAUGCUGAUGAGUCCGAAGGCAUCACUUUGGAGAGUUUGGGAGGUGUUUUUAUAGCGACACUCUUCGGCCUGGGUUUAGCCAUGAUAACUUUAGCCUGGGAAGUGUUCUACUACAAGCGGAAAGAAAAAAACAAAGUUCAAACCAUAGACAUAGUACCCGAAAAGCAAGCCUUUGAAGAGCCUAAGAAAAAGGAGAAUAUAUUCAACAAUGUUGCCAGAUUACGGAAGAAGAAUAAAAAUAAGGGUAAAGGCGAUAAAGCUGGCAACACCAAUAGUGUAACCAUUGGGGAUAGCUUUAAACCGGUUGGGGAUAAGAUUUCUUAUAUUAGCGUCUUUCCUAAAGGGGACUAUAGGCCGUAGAAUUAGGUUCUUUGAGACAUUUAAAAGUAGAGUUGCGUGCACAUAAUUUAGUGCCUAUUUUCUUAAUGUUUUCUGUUUAAUUGGCAACACUUUGAAAUGUAACAAUCGCUUUGCAUAUUAGGUCACAUGAUUCACAAAGUUGUAAUCACUUUUAACGUUCUAGUAGUACUUAUUGAAUUAGAUGUAACUAUUCUCAUAAACACUUAUUCUAUAUGGCAACAUUUUGUCUAUUCACUCUGUGAUUCGAUUUACAUCUGUCAUCCCGUUCUUUUUCUACUUUCCGGUUAACAUGUUUGUCUGGUGAACGUUAAUACUGUAACGAAUCCAAAUGUAUAUUAGUAAUUAAUAAUUAAUCUGAAACUGUAAUCAGCAGAUAUUAUUUAUUGUGAAUGUAUUGUUGUGCCUCUGAACAUAAUUUGAGUAAUAACACAAAGAUCGCUGUCACACGAACCUCGUUGUUUUAAUAGUACUUAAGUAAAAUCUUCGUUUAUACGUAGAACAUUUAAUUAAAACAUUUUUAUAAUAAGUAAGUAAUUUGAAUAAACAUUAAAUAUAGUUACACUCCAAUCACCGCCUGAGGGAGUAGCGAUGUGGCCUGAGCUGGGAAUGAUGUGGCGGACCCAAUGAGGGACAAAAUUUCAAAAUUCCUCAAAAAUAAUACAGAUGGCAAUAUUACUAACUAUUUUUUUUAUAUUUCUUACUUUCUAAAAAGUUUUCUUUGGAAAUCAGCAUAUUCCAACCAAAGAGUAUAACUCAAGGAGAUUCGCCCAAUCCCAUCAAUCUCGAAUGGGAUGUCGUCAUGUUAUGCUUCGGGAUCGAUCUCGAAAAAUUAUACGAGAUCUCGCGAGAUUAGGAUUGCAUUGCCUAACUGUGGGUAAAAAUAUAAUACAAAUCUAUAUGUAUCACUGAAUAGCUCAUUAAAUAAAUAAAAAUCAA